AUGCAUUGUCUAAUUUGCAAAGAAAAAGUUGAUCGCGCCGACAGUAGAAAGAUUGCUUGCUCAUACUGCAAAAACUACUACCACGGUUCGUGUGCGAAAUUAACAUUCGAAGACAUAGAAUACAUGAAGGCAAAUAGUGCGAGUUAUCGGUGUGAUUCGUGUGUCUCCAAGCGCAGGAAAACUCUGCAUCAAGAACCACUUCCAAGCCCUUCCACAGCUAUGGAAGUUCAUCAGAAAGUGCAAACCUUGGUUUCCUCUGCUGGCGAGCCACAAAAAUAUUUACCAAAAACCAGCGAAUUACCCAGCUCAGAGACGUAUAAGCAAAAGCAAACCAUACGACAAACAGCAAACGCAUCAUCGGAAUGA